GUGAGACCGAAACCGCUAGCUAGCUAGCCUAGCUAACGCAAUGAAGAACCGGUGAGAGAUGGGGGGUAAAACUCAUGUGAUGGAGAGACAUCCAGACGGGCCUCCGUUUACUUUUCAUCUCACGGUAGCCUUUUCUUCUCACCUGUUUGCUGUAAACUGACUGUUAAAUUCUCACUGACGGCGUUAGCCUGUUAGCGCGCUAAGCUAUCAGGCUAGGCUAGCUGUGCAGCGGGUUCGCGUCUCGGUGUGAUUUGGUGAUAUGGCGGAUCGCAAACUCGACAACACUGGAAGUAUUUUCUGAUUUACCCCUGCUGAAUAACACACAGUCGUUGUUAGAAUAAUUAGGAUUUUAGGUUAAUUAGCCAUCACGUCUGCUGCCGAAGCAGCCUUAGCUAACGCCGCUGCUAGCGAAGCUGUGGCCUGGAAUGGAGCCAGGCGACUUGCGAGAGAGCCCCGCCGGGUCCGGGGAGUCCGAUGCGGGGGACUGGAGGGAGGUAAUUCCCGGUGGAGAGGAGGACGAGGUCAAAGCAGCCGAAACUAACGGACCGACACUAGAGACGACGCUCAGGGACACCUGCGAGGAAGGUGAAAGCGAAAAACAAAAAGGAGUGGGAGAGAAAAUACACAGCCCCUAUGAGGAGGAGCUGGACCCCAGAAUCCAGGAAGAGUUGGAGCAUCUCAAUGAGGCCAGUGCAGAAAUCAACAGACUGGAGCUGCAGUUGGAUGAUGCCAGAUCAGGAUACCGCAAGAUCCUCACAGAGUCGGCCCGGAAGCUGAAUGCUCAGAGCUCUCAGCUUGGUGGCUGCAUAGAGAAAGCAAGACCUUACUAUGAAGCUCGUCGCCUGGCGAAAGAGGCUCAGCAGGAGACUCAGAAGGCAGCUUUAAGCUAUGAGAGAGCGGUCUCUAUGCACACAGCUGCCAGGGAGAUGGUCUAUGUGGCAGAGCAGGGUCUGAUGGCCGACGGCAAAAACACCCUGGAUCCAACCUGGCAGGAGAUGCUCAAUCAUGCUACCUCCAAGGUAAACGAAGCUGAGGAGGAGCGACUCCGCAGUGAGAGAGAGCACAUGCGCGUCACUCACGCCUGCCAGGAGGCCGAGGCUCGGGUGCAGAUGCUGCAGAAGUCCCUCAAAAGAGUCAUUGUGAAAUCCAAACCCUACUUUGAGCUGAAGGCCCAGUUCAACCACAUACUGGAGGAGAACAAGGCCAAAGUGCUGCAGCUGGAACAGCACGUAGCCAAAGUGAAGACCCGCUACUCCAUCGCCCUACGCAACUUGGAACAAAUCAGCGAGCAGAUCCACGCUCAGCGGGGGAGGGAUCGGGCCGAGGGAGGACGCACCACUGUCUGCGCCGGGCGGAGCCCCCCCGUUGGAGCCGAGUCUGACACCAGGGUUAAGAAAGAAGGUGGAGCCUGCGACGGUGGUGCAACGGGGACCGAUCGAGUGGAUGCGGCCAUCGACCUGGAGAAAUACAAGGAGAAGGAGAAUGAAAAGGAGAGGGAGCGGGCGGGGUCGGAUUCCCUUUCAGUCUUCAGCCUGCAGACCAUCGCUUCCGACUUGGAGAAAUAUGACUCCGUCGAGCACCUCGGGGACCUCAGCGACGUAGGGAGCGUAACCGGGGAUGAGGGGGAGAAAGAGAGAGUGAUAGAUAGAAGAGACAAGCUGGUGGAAACGACCGCCAAAGAGCGGCAGCAGCAGUUCUACAAGCAGCAUCACCGAAGCUUCAGCUUGUGAGGCUGUUAUAAAUUUAAAACAUUGCAAAAGAAAAGUGUGAAUUAUCAGAAAAAGUAGGGUAAACAUCCCUAACACAUAGAUACCAACCAAAGUAUAAGAUAGAGAAUUAGCUGCAAAUGUAAAACUGGAGUGAUGCAGUUUGUAGGUGUAUGAUAUGAUGGUGUAAAUAAGCACAUGCGCGUUGACUGACAAACAUUAUUCUAAAGCUGACAUUGAUCAAUAGUUAAAUACGCAGCCUAGUUAGAACACUAAAGAGCUUUCAACCCUCCAGGACAAGAAUACUGUAUAUUCACUCCCUCUGAGGGAUUCUGGGUAGAUUUUGUGCCCUGAGCAUGAAGAAACAGCGAAGAAGGAUCAGAAGCCCCGUCUGAACAGACAUGUUUAGAAAGCCGUCAUUUCUUACUUUUCCAGGCUAAUCGCUGAUCUAAUUUGGUGAGACCAGUGAAAACAGAACCCUCCAUUGUUUCCCCCUCCGGUCGUGUCGACUCUUAUCAGCGGUCGCUUCAAGGUAGAGGAGGGGGUCCACGCUCCACCCGCAUCAAGUUAGUGUGCAGGGAAAAAUGACAAAAACGAUUCUCUGUGAGUGCAGAGCGAAAGCAUGUUUGAAUUCACAUUUCCGAUAUUUAUUUCCUGUAACUUGCUGCAAGCAGUGCUUUGUUAUGUGUGGCAUAAGAGAAUGCGUUUUUUGAAAAUUCCUGAAGUGAUGAAGGGAUGGAAAACAACAAAAACUCUCCCCACUCCGACAGCAUGCACUCCUAGAUAGCUAUCGAAACAUUUAUGACAUGUAUUCAGGGCGAUAUGCUGAAACAAAAACUGACAAUUAAAGCUAAGACGAUGAAGCUGCAGCCAUGUUUUUUUUUCUUAUGUCAUUAUGCUGUGGUCUUACUGUGCAAAAGCCUUCUCCCAAAUUUCUAUUAUUUGAAUAUUGUUUACAUUUGUAUCAGUGGAUUUGUUUUGGCAACAUUUGCUCUUUUUGUUGGCCUUUUUUUAAAAAACGACUUUCCCUUGUUAUAAUUUGAAGUGUGCCUUGACACAGAACAAGUAACAAAUUGAGCAUGAGGAGCACUUUGCCGAAAACUCAUCUGUAGUUUGGUUUAGAACCAUUUUAAAGAACAAGUGCGCGCCCUGUUAUGAUUUUUUAAAGUGUUUUAAUAAUAUGAGUCACCCAGGCGCCGUUUUUCGAUUGAGACUUGAAGAGUUUGUCUGUUUUGUGUAUUUUAUGACAUUGUCAAAGUAUAAGAUGCAAAUUGAUGAAGUCAAGAAAUGACUUGUAAAUGUAUGUAAUUAUUACAAAGCUGGGAAAUAUUGACAUGUACAGUUACACGUGUUACCUGAAUGUUUGACGAGUUUUGUUGUACAGAUGUUCUGCACAGUUUGUCAUGAGUGUAUUUAAAUCUGAAACACCUCACCUUCACUCCUGUCUUAAACACCCUUUUGAUGGCAUUUGUGAAUUAGUCAGAAUGUCACUUUCCAAUUAAUGCAUUGUCAUAUCUAUAAUCAAUAAACCAGAUCAUACUUC